GCUAACACUCCUUACUCCCAGUCUAGAAACCGGACUAUAUUGGUACCUACAAUGAGGUGCGCCGUGUUGACAUUCCUCUGUCUGACCAGCGUGGCUCACGCUGACAUCUUGUUGGACAUCUGGCAUAACAUCGAGAAGUCAUUGGAGGGCUUCAGAGAGGAGGCCUUGGGAUCUGUUUUUAGAAAUAGUAUCUCCUCUGUUCUUGCACAGUUUGGGAGGAGGGAUCUGCCUCACCUGGCCAUCAACCUUCACGAUGAGGUAUUACGGUGGAUGCAGGAGGCACACCAACGUGUGGAGCACGAGAUCACGGAAAUGGAACACGCGGAAAAGCACCCGGAUGGAGAGUUUUCCGAUCGGGCCCAUGAGCUUCUCGAGGCCUUUCAGCAAGCUAAGAAACACGGCAACGUCCAAAAGUUCAUAGACGACUACAGCCAGGAUAUUGUCAAACAGUUUGUUGCAACUCUACCUGGAAGACUAAAGAGUAGACUGUGGAUUCAAACCAAUAAAGUAUUGCGUAAGACCAGGGGUAAUGACAUCCUCAUCCAAAUGUUGAAGAACAUUACGGUGGCUCACUGGUUUUUUUCGAUGCCAGAAAUGGAAAGGCUUUUCCUGGUGGCAAUGCUGGAUGCCGCGGAGCACGGGCAUCUUCACGACUUCGUCAAACAUCACUCCUUUGAUCGUGUUCUAGUCUUCAUUGAUCAUUUACCCGACGCCGAGGGACACAAACUCAACCAUUACCUGGUGAAGCACCUGGAUUUGGAGAACAAGAGCAACCACACGACCAAACCUCAAGUGGCCCCAAAGAGAGACGUGGAGGAGUUUUUGCGGAUGUUGAAUGAGAUAUACUCUGAACACAUCUACAGUCUGCUGGACAAGGAGGACCGGCUGUUCUUCCUCGAGAUGAUGGAUGCCGCCGAGCACAAUACUCUGACCUCUUUCAUUGCAGACAACUCCAUGGAGAGAGUCCAGAAACUAACCGAAGGUGUCCCAAAGGAAGCUAGCGAUAGACUUAUGGACUUUGUGACUAAGCGCCUGAAGAAUGAGACAAAAUCGGAUCGCCACCAUCAUCACGACUUGAGAAAUCCCGAUAUCCUACUCACUAUUCUAAAAGAUAUCCACACAGCAGACAUUUUCUUCCACCUGCCGGAACCCGAACGUAAAUUCCUGUUGGAAUUAAUGGACGCGGCAGAGAACAAUCACUUGGAUGCCUUCGUCGGGAAAGUUGGCCUGCAGAGAGUCAGAAAUUUCGUCAUACAUCUCCCGGAAGAUUACCAGAAGGCGAUGACGCAUUAUAUUCAAAACCACUUGCAUCACCACAUGACAACCACCCCUCCUCCCACGCACCACUCUGCGAUAAUGCUUACCAUACUGAAGGACAUCCACACAGCCGCGAUUUUCAUGGAGCUGCCGACAUCAGAACAGAGCCUCGUUCUUCAGCUGUUGGACGCUGGUGAAAAUGGCCAUAUCACCACAGAAGUGUCAAAGAUCGGAGGCCACAGACUCAAAACCCUUGCCAAUCAUUUGCCGUCACCGUACAAGGAGCAACUUACAACAUACGUCGUUCAACACCUGAAUGCAGAGAAGACAACCACAGCACCACAGGUGGCAGUCCGAAAGACUUCGGAUUCCGGUGUCGUUGAGUAUGGUAUGACAAACGAACAGAGGCUUUUCUAUAACCAGCUCAAACAUGCCGCCGAGAACGAAGAUCUUAAAGCAUUCAUUAGGAAGGUGGGCGUUGCUAGAGUCAUCAAAUUUCUAGAAGGUUUGACGGACCCUUUUUCUCAGUUGCUACAACAGCUGAUUACCAGGGAGUUGGCAGAAGAAGACAAGGUGAUUAAACCGCUCACACCUAAACUGAAGAAACGUGCGCACGGUCACGGCCACGAGACCAUACACCAGUCUGUUCAUCAUAUAGGCCAGCACCUUACGGAGAACCACGGGCACUAUAGCCAAGAUCACCACAAGUUCUACGAGGACUUGAAACACGCCAUAGAGCACCAUCAACUCAAGGCCUUCCUCGAGCACGUUGGCACGGACACUCUGUACGCGUUCCUCGACGCCAUACCGCAAAACUAUACCGAAAGCUUGGAGUCUCAUAUCCUUGUGGAGCUCGAAAUGGAGGACCACGUGCAUACAUAAAGGGUAGAUAAAGUCUGUUUCAUAUCAGAAUGAUGUACUGUGGCCAAUUUAGCCUUCCGGGUUCUCAAGACUCCGCUCUGUACAAUGAUAAGAAAUAAAGUUACAUAGCUCUUUGCGCACAUCACCUGUGUAUUCAAAAGUCAUUCUAACUUUAAUUUGAUUCCUAACAUCUAUCGUGUCUAAUGGCCAUGAUACGGAGUGUUUUCGUCAUAGCUCUCCUCAAGCAUCAUAUCUACUGGUUGUUUAAUUUUACAACCAAUGUUCGAACUUUUUGAAAAGAAACCUGUUGGUUUUAUGGGAUUCCUGUUUAAAGUGGCUAAGCCGGAGAAAAAAAGCC